AUCCAAAUCCAGAACGUGAUCGCAACGCCUGUCAAUGAGGCGCUCAGUAUUGACUUCACGGCACCCAUCAAAGUGUCGCCCAAUAUAUUUCACGCCAUCGACAUCGCGAGAGUGACACUAAUGCCAAAUAAGAUCACUCAGUGCUCCAAACAGUGCACCGGAAAGAUUGUGGUCAAGUCUAAGAACAAUCAGUACAAGUUAGCCAUUCCUUACGUCGUCCGACUACUGCAGGGAUUUCUAAGUUAUAACGAAACACAAACACAAUUCUAUAUACAAUCAAAUUCAAUACAAGAGAAACGAAGUCUCGUUUUGCAUAAUCAAUUCAACUCAACUCUUGUGAUUCAUUCGGUGUCACUGCCCGAUGAGGCGAAGCCUUAUUUUAAAGUUGUGUUGGCCUCACCCGCUGUCACAUUAGCUGAAAAUUCAAGUCAAACCGCGCUUAAGAUCACGUUUACGCCGUCAUCACAAUUGAGUCAUUUGGAGACCACUUUUCGUUUGAAUACGAAUUUAAGUUAUUUUGACGUUUCCUUACAGGCCUAUAGCGGCAAACUAGACAUCUUUAUUCCUCAGUCGUUGAAUCAAACGGUUCUCGAUUUCGGUGCCAUUGGUUUAGGAGAGAAAAAGUCG